UUGGAAAUGUACCGGUGCAGGUUUUCAGAGCUUAAAGUCUUAUCGUAGUCUGACCUAGACAAUACAUACAUCUUCCAGACUGACCCCUUGAUUACUGGUCAGUGCCAUUCCCAGAGAUGGUUCAACAUUAUCAGAAUCAGCAUUACGAGCGAUUAAAAAAGCAAUGCCAGCGAGCUGGGCGUCUCUUCGAAGAUCCAACUUUCUCUGCGACUGACCGUUCUCUGUAUUUCAGUCACAGCCCCGCAAGGGCAGUGCAAUGGAAGCGUCCACAGGAACUUGUCCAAGCACCCCGUCUGUUUGAUGAGGAUGGCAUUAGUCCCCAUGACCUGCAGCAAGGUAGUUUGGGGAAUUGCUGGUUUGUGGCGGCUGCUUCAUGUCUGGCUGGUGACCCCUCAGUGUGGAAAAAGGUUAUACCCUCCCCACAGGAACAAGACUGGCCUCAGGCUGGUGGUUCUACCCAUGCUGGUAUAUUCAGGUUCCGGUUUUGGCGUUUUGGUCGGUGGAUUGAAAUUGUAAUCGAUGACCGCCUGCCCACCACUGAGGGGGAGCUGAUCUUCUGUCGUCCUGGUAGAAGGGGGGGCCCAUUCUGGUGUGCACUACUAGAGAAAGCGUAUGCCAAGUUAAAUGGUAGUUACGAGGCGUUAGAUGGAGGUAGUACAGCAGAGGCUCUUAUUGACUUCAGCGGGGGAAUCUCUGAGCCGAUCAACCUUCUGGAGGAUAAUUUAGCAUCUGAUGAAGACAAGAAAAAGUUGUUGUUCAAGGCAGUGAUGAAGGCACACACUCGAGCUUCCCUCAUCAGCACUUCAAUCAGGCCCUCUACAGGUCAGUCAUUAGAAGAGGUCUUGUCCUCCGGACUGGUCAUAGGUCAUGCAUACAGUGUUACUGGUAUCCAAAGCAUUAAAUUGCGCUCUGGACUCAUGUCCCUUUUCCGGACUCACAAACUGCGUCUCAUCCGUUUGCAAAACCCCUGGGGGAGUGGAGAGUGGACGGGGGCUUGGAGUGAUAACUCAGAAGAGUGGAAGAAAGUUGGUCGCAGAGAACGCGAAAAGAUGGGGGUUACCGUGAAUGACGAUGGUGAAUUCUGGAUGAGCUGGGAUGAUUUCUGUUCCCACUUCACUGACCUCAUCAUCUGCCGUCGAGUGAACACUCACUUUCUCAGCACUCACAAAACCUGGAGUGAGGUGUCAGUCAUGUCUACAUGGAAACAAGAUCCAGAUCCAUUGAAAGACCGAAGUGGAGGUUGCCCUAACUACAAGGACACCUACCUGCACAACCCACAGUUUGUUUUUGAUGUGACUUUAAAUCAGGAGUGUGCUCUAAUUUCCCUGGAGCAAGAGGAUCGUAGGACUCAACGCAGCAUUGGUGGGGGAGAAAACCUUCCCAUUGGUUUCUUUGUAUUUAAGGUGGAGAUAAACCGAAUAUACCGCCUACACCGGCAGGCCAGCGGAGUCUCAUCCUCCACUUACAUCAAUUCUCGCAGUGUAUUUCUGCGCACAGAGUUACAGAAAGGCCGUUACAUCAUCUUACCGACAACCUUCAGCCCGGGUCAAACCGGCUCAUUUCUCCUCCGAAUCUAUACAGACCGAGCCAUCAGACUCAGGGAGCUCACACGUGAUGUUCCCAAGCCUUCCUGUCUGUCAUUCUGCCUUGGCAUUCCUAGAACUGUCACCUCCAUUACCGUACAUGCAGCAUCUGGACUCUCACAACCAGGAAGCAACCAUGACCCUAGUGUUUACGUUACCAUUCACUGUGAAGGGGAGAAGGUGACCUCUAAAACUGUAAAAGGCCGCAAUCCAGAAUUUGACCUGAAAGGUGUUUUUUAUCGGAAGAAUGAGCGUAGACCUCUAGUUGUAAAGGUUUGGCUGUCUCGGUUGAUGAGGGACAUCCUUCUUGGUAGUGUAUCUGUCCCAUGUCCAGUGGGGGAGUCAAAUCAAAGUUCUGUACUGAAGCUACAGAGCAAGGAAGGAACGUCUUCUGGCUACGUCUUGAUAGAGUCAUCUACCAGCUCUGACAUGACCUCACUCUAAAUCUCCUACCUUAUUCUUCUCCCGCCAUCACUGUGAAGAUCACAGCAAAGCCUGGAUUAAUCGACAUGCAAGA